AGAAAAAAAAAAGCUAUUUUGGCAACCUUUUCAUUUCCAAUGGCUGAAGCGAAGUUACUAGAGCAAUCAGAGACAUUUGCUUCGUUUGAUUUCGAUCCUCGGUUGGCCCGGGCCGUGGCUCAGCUGAACUUCACUCAUCCUACACUCGUACAAGCAAAGGCGAUACCCCUGGCUUUAGCCGGAAAAGAUAUUCUCGCUCGUGCACGGACAGGUAGUGGCAAAACCGCCGCCUACACAUUACCCAUUGUACAAAAGAUCCUAGCAGCCAACGAGAAUGGCGAAACGGAUCCAUCGAUCAAAGCGCUCAUUCUUGUUCCUACCCGCGAACUCGCUGAGCAAGUCACUACACAUCUGAAAAAACUCUUGGUCUAUGCGAAAGAAAUAGUGAAAGUCGUCAAUUUGGCCGGCCAAGUCUCGCCGCAGUUACAACGACCCAUGUUGGCGGAAAAGCCGGACAUUGUCGUAGCUACCCCCAGCAAAGCUUUAAUCCAUCUUGAAUCAGGAAAUAUGGUGCUUCGUGAGUCCUUGCAGAAUUUGGUCAUUGAUGAAGCCGAUUUGGUGUUGUCGUUUGGUUAUGAAGAAGAUUUGCGCAAGGUGUUGACCCAUCUCCCAAAAAUCUUCCAGAGUUUCCUCAUGUCUGCCACAUUUACAAAGGAUAUUGAAGAGUUGAAGCAACUCGUACUCCGACAGCCAGCGAUUUUGAGAUUGGAAGAAGAAGAAGACGAAUCAGAACAUUUAACACAGUAUGCUGUUAGAUGCACUGAAUUCGAGAAAUUCCUUUACACGUUUGUCACCAUCAAAUUACGACUGAUUCGCGGCAAGAUCAUUUUGUUUGUGAAUGAUAUCGAUCGAUGCUACAAGUUGAAGCUGUUUUUGGAACAAUUUUCCAUCAAAUCGUGCGUUUUGAAUUCGGAAUUACCGUUGAAUUCUCGAUAUCAUAUUGUGGAAGAAUUUAACCGUGGUAUCUACGAUUACUUAAUUGCGACGGAUGAGUCGGAACUGAAGGGUGAAGACGACGAGGAGAACAAUGAGGAGCCAAAUGUAGAAGAGCAGGAUGAUGAAUCAAAGACGGAAGAGGAGACUGGUAAAGGUACAAAGAUAAAAAAGAAACAACAAAAGUUCCACAAGGAUAAGGAGUAUGGUGUUUCCCGCGGUGUGGAUUUCCAAGGUGUGACGGCUGUCAUGAAUUUCGAUUUCCCCACGUCGGUCAAAGCGUACACUCAUCGGGUUGGUCGCACAGCACGUGGAGGCCAGCGUGGUAUGAGUUUAAGUUUUGUGGUGGACAAGGAUGAUUCAGUGCAUCACAGAGAAGUGGCUCGUGUGAAGGGCGUCAACGAUGUCGCCGUGUUUGAGCGCGUAGAGAAGCAACAAAAGGCCAAGAACGCCGAGAUCAAGUCUUACACUUACGAUAAAAAGGUCGUGGACGGUUUCCGAUAUCGAGUCCAGGAUGCUCUCAAAGCGGUGACCAAAAUGGCUGUCAAAGAAGCCCGUAUCACAGAAAUUAAACGGGAAAUCCUGAAUUCUGAAAAGUUAAAGUCCCAUUUUGAAGAUAAGCCGAAAGAUUUGGAUUUCCUUCGUCAUGACCAAGCAUUGCAGCCCACUCGUAUUCAGGAACACCUGAAACAUAUUCCAUCUUACUUGAUGCCACGCGUGACCAUGCCCGUGAAUCCGGUCGAAUCCAGUGGAGUCGAUGUCCCCUUCCACAGUGAUAAGAAACGACGACGGAACCAGCAAGGUCACCAUCGUCACGGUGGCAAAAAACAAAGACAUGAUCCCCUCAAAACCAUUCGUCGCAAAUAGAUUACUUUUUAUCAUUCAAUGCAAUUUGUAUAAACAUUUCAACAUGCUUCUGAAAAAGAAAAAGAAAAAGAAAAAAAAGAUAGGCAUUCAUUUAAAAUAAAAUAAGUGUGAAUGAUCGGGUUCCUGGAUCAAUGAG